AUGCCCGAUGUAGCCCCCAAGACACCGGAUGCCAGCCAUGACGAGACCCGGGAAAAGAUGGGAGCUGAUAGGGUUCCAGUCUCUGGCGAUGGGUCAAUCUCUGCACCUUUAGGAGACAUCACACCAAUGUGCUAUGAGUUCCACUCGGGCUCAAUCGAUGCGGUGAAGGACGAGCGCUUUCACACAGUAUUAUACUCCGUGCAUACGUCAUUCCACGGACGAGGUCUUUCAAUCCCAAUGUCAUUUUACAGAGACCCGGCAAUUGUCACUAUUCGGGCUAUACUGGAGCAGGAUGGGCAGAAUGCGGGAGAUAAAUUUCCUCAGAUAUGUGAAGAGCGUCUGGAACCCGAUGUGAUAGCUGUGUUCGCACUGGUUGCUUUUCAUUAUGGCGCUCUUCAGGUUCGUGUACCCGGAGACGGUGAAAUCGAGCAACAAGGCUUCGAUGAGCUUUUGGAAUUCAUCUCUCUGGAUGAUAAGGAAGAAGAGCAAUGGGAGGAUCUUUUUUGGCGAUCUAUAAGACCGAAGACCACAAAAAUCAAAGACAGUGAAGAACUGAAAUCCACUUUUCGUGAGGGUCAGAAAGCUGUUCUAGAGCUGGCUAGAAACCACGUUGAUUAUCUCUAUGUUGGAGGAGGGAUAUUUGGAGCAUCUGCAGCGUGCCAUCGCAUACAGUCGAAUUCGACUGCAAGUGUCGCUAUUGUCAAUCAAUCCUCAUACCCCAGUCUAGAAUCCGCCGGGUGCGACUACAAGAUCGUAAGCAGCGCACAGACGGAUCCCUUCUAUACCGAACUAGCCCUGAAAGCAUUGGAGGCAUGGAGAAGUCAAGAGCCAUAUAAACAACAUUUCAAGCAAACUGGACAGGUUUUCAUGGGAGCAAAAGAACCCGCUGAAAAGGUCUGUGAAAAUUACAAGAGAAUUUUGGGACAAUCCCCAACUGAGCUUGUCAAUCCCAAGGACGCGCGAGAAAGAUACCCCGUGUUAAAAGAUGCUAACUGGGAUGACCAUGUGGAGAUGUGCACCUGGAACAAAGACGCAGGCUGGGCUGAUGGAGGAGCCGUCUUGAAGGCGGUAUGUGAGGCUGCCUGUGAAAGAGGCGCGAAAUAUAGAGUGGCAACGGUUGAGAAGCUGUUGAAAAAUGAUGAUGAUGUCUGCUAUGGAGCUCGGAUAUUGGAAAAUGGCAAAACCCACACAAUAAUCGCAGAUAACAUCGUUCUCUGCACAGGGGCAUAUACAUCCAAAUUGCUUGCAGAGAGUUUUCCCGACCGAGAGGUUCAGCCUGGCAAGAGACUGAAGGCCGCCGGUGUAUCUAUGGCUUAUUAUAAUCUGGACCCUGAUGCAAUAGUUGAUUUUGAAAAGGCUCCAGUUGUCGUGAAAUCGGUUGGAAAGACCCCAAGUGAAUUUAUUCCUCCCAGAGAUGAUGGGCUGUUCAAAAUUGUUGCCGAGCAGAGCUACACGAAUAUGCAGCAGGUUGGCCAAUUCAGAUUGUCUGUCCCUCCCGAAAAAGCCUCCCUACGGUGGAACAUUAAUGGCGAUGGCAUUCCUCAGCAGCUCAGGGACAAUGCUGAUGACGCGAAAUGGGAGCUGCUUGGAAAGCGGAAGGUCACCCGAUUUUCCUAUGAAACAUGCUGGGAUGCGACCACACCAAACCAGGAUUUCAUGAUCUGCGAGCAUCCGGUUGUGAAAAGAUUGCAUAUGGCUACCGGGGGUUCGUUCCACGGGUUCAAGUAUAUGCCCAUUGUGGGCCAGCUUAUCAAUCAGUCGGUGGACGGGGAGCUCGAUGACACUUUGGCUGAACGAUGGGCAUGGGAUGGCAAGGGUUCGGAUGGUGCAUGUGCAAUAUAUGAUCCGGCAGGGGCGGAUCUUCAACUCAUUAUGGGGAGCGGUAGCUAG